AUGUCUCUCCGAGUUGAUGAUGUGUCCAAGAUUGAUGCUUCCAAAGAAACUUGGGCCAUUGUUGUGAAGGUUGUAAGGUUGUGGUUAACUCCUAGCUACUCUGGAUCUAAGCUACCUUCACCGUUGGAGAUGGUUUUGAUGGACUCCAAGGGUUGCAAAAUACAUGCUUCAAUCCGGCGUACUUUAGUCUACCGAUUCAAGAAUCAGGUGCUUGAGGGCCGUGUAUACCAAAUAUCAUUUUUUGGUGUUUGUGAGAACGACGGUGAUUUCAGGACGACCUCUCAUCCAUACAAGGUUAAUUUUCAAAUUCAUACCAGUGUUAGGCUUAUGGCUAACACCCCCAUCACAGGAAAACCUUUUACCUUCAUGCCUCUAUCUGAUGUUGUCUUCAAGGAUCCUGACACAUCCUUCCUCAUAGAUGUCAUAGGUAUCUUGACUGGCUCCUCUGGUGAGCAGGAGUUUGAGAAGCAUGAGUUCGUGUCGAGGCAGUUUUUUUUUGGAAAAUAUGUGGAUGAAAUUGUUGGGCAAUUGGCUUCUGGGGAUAUGACGAACGCUGUAGUUGUUGUCCAAUUUGCGAAGAUAAAACCUUUUAAAGGGAGGCCUAGCAUUCAAAACAUGUAUGGGGCAACCCAAAUUCUUUUUAAUCCUGCUAUUGAUGAAGCUGGUCCAAUUCGAGAAAUGUUUUUUGAGGCUAAUGGCCCUGCUGCUAAGGUCAUUUGCCAGCUUCAGGAUUCGGCAAAACUAUCUCCAGCAGAGGAUUUUCUAAAACAAAAUGAAGGGAAAACCAUUGAGCAGAUUAAAGAUUUGGCUGAGAAAUCUGUUUGUGUUGUGUUUGCCACUGUUAAAUUCAUUCCUGAUGACAACAGUUGGUAUUACCCUGCUUGCAAGUGUAACAAAAAGGGUUAUGGAUGCUAA